CCUGCAACUCGCAACUCGCACCUCCACUCCACACACCCUUCGCUACCCAUCCCUUCCCUGCGCUGCCCUGCUGCCCACCACCACCGGCAAGCAAGCAGCAAUCACAAGAUGGAAGACUUCCGCGUCAACGACACGGUCGACGUGAACGGGCAGCUCGCGCUCGUGCGGUUCGUCGGGGAAACACACUUCCAAGAUGGCGAGUGGAUUGGCGUCGAGCUCGAGAUGCCCACCGGGAAGAACAACGGCACCGUGCAGGGGAUACAGUACUUCUCGUGCGGCGACAGAUACGGCAUGUUUGUGCGGCCAGUCGUGCCGAGACUGGUGCAGCGGGCGCCCGCGCCUCCCCCGCCCCCUCCGCCCCCCCAGCCGACUCCGACCCCCCAGCAGCAGGCAAAGAGGAUGGGCAGGCCGGAGUCCCAGGCCGGUGUGGCGCUGGGGGUCGGCGGGAAGAGACUCAGCGUCCCCUCGCCGUCGCCGAUUGCUCAGAAGGGACGCAGCAUGACUUUGCGGAGCCCGACCCGACCCGCGUCCGCAACAAAGGGGAACCUAUCAUCGCCGGGGUCCUCAGUGGGGCCCAGCACGCCACGAACACAGACCCCGACCAUAGGAGCAAACCCGCGCACAUCCAUCGGCGGCGCGACGACGUCGUCGGCAUCGUCGACCACCCUCCGCCCCGCGCCCGGCAGCCGCCCCGGAUCCAUGGGCCCGCCGGUCGUCAAGACCACAGCCACGGCAAAGCGGCAGUCUAUCAGCGGUGGCAGCGGCGGCGGCGGGGGUGUGAGUGCACCGCUCGCCCGCACUACGUCCACGUCGAGCAAUAGUGGGUCGUCGACGCCGAUACCGAGGGUAGGCAGCAGGAUGUCGUUGAAGCCUGGGACUGUCGGGUCGCUGGUUAGGAAGGCGAGUCAGGAGAGUGGGGUUAGCUCUAGGUCGUCGCCGGAUGUGGGCGUGGGCAGAAAUAGGACAGGGAGUACUACUGCUGCGGCGGCGGCGCCGGGGGCCUCCGGGGCGGGAGUUAGGCCUCCGGGGGGGAGAGGCGGGUUGACGCCUGCUGGGGGGUCGGCGAGUGCUAGUGCUAGGACGUCUCCCUCCAGGGCACCGGCAACGGGAGGAGCGGAGCUGGCGACGGCACAGAGGGAGAUUGAGGAUUUGAAGAGCAAGAUCAAAGUGCUGGAGAAGAAGCGACAGGAGGACAGGGAGAACCUCAAGACGCUGCAGCGUGUGCAGGAGGAGCGGGAUAAAUAUGAGGGGAUCAUCCAGAAAUUGCAGCAGAAGUAUCAACCUCAGCAGGCGGAGCUGGUGGAGCUCAAGAAGACGCUCAAAGAGAUGGAGGCGACCGUGGCAGAGAUCGAGGACGUUAAGGCCGAACACGAAGCGAUGCUGGAAAUGGCCACACUCGACCGCGAAAUGGCCGAGGAGAUGACCGAGAGCUUCAAGGCCGAGCUGGACGCCGUGCGAGCUAAGGCUGAAGAGCUGGAGAUGGAGGUCGAGAUUUUGAAGGAGGAGAACGAGGAGCUAUCCCAGGGGAUGAGUCCCGAGGAGCGGAAUUCUGCGGGAUGGUUACAGCUCGAAAAGCAGAACAGUAGGCUUAGGGAAGCAUUGCUAAGGCUACGAGAGAUCACCAGCCAGACCGAGGAGGAGCUCAGAGCAGCAAAUGCCAGUCUCGAAGAGGAACUCAACGAACUCGCCAAGUACAAAGAGGACUACGAGGCCGUGCAGGAGAAGUACAUAGCCAGUCAAUCGGCCGUGGAGGAUCUCCGGGGCCAGCUCGAGGCUGCUCUCGGCGCGGAGGAGAUGCUCGAGGAGCUGACCGACCGCAACAUGAACAUGAGCGAGCAGAUCGACGAGUACCGUGCCACUGUCGAGGAUCUCGAGAGUCUGAAGGAGAUUGCUGACGAGCUUGAGAUCAACCAUAUCGAGACGGAGAAGCAGAUGCAGGAGGAACUGGACUACCGGGACCUAAUCAUCGGCGAGCAGGUAAAGAAGAUCCAGCAGCUCGAAUACAGCAAUGAGGAGAAUGAAUACACCAUCACUCGGUUCAGGGACCUGGUUGUCAAUCUGCAGAGCGAUCUCGAGGAUAUGAAGGCUUCACAGCAGAUCACCGAGAACGAGGCGGAAGAGUUGACGGCUAGGUCGAGGUCCAUGUUGGAUAUCAACAUGAAGCUGCAGAUCACCGCGGCAAAGGCACAGAACAAGACUAUCGACUUGGAGCUGAGAAAGAUGGAGGCAGAAGAGGCGAUUGAGCACCUUGCUGUCGUGCAGAUGUUCCUCCCCGACUCAUUCCACAGCGAGCGCGACUCUGUGCUUGCACUGUUGAGAUUCAAGCGCGUAGCAUUCAAGGCCAACCUUCUCCACAACUUUGUCAAAGAGCGGCUUGCAGCACAGACCGGCGGUCAACUAUCAAGCGGACACGAAGACCAACUCAUGGCCGCUUGCGACAUGUGUGACAAGCUCACCUGGGUCGCAGCCAUGUGCGAUCGCUUUGUCAACUGCAUCAGUUCCUGCUCGGUCGACCAGUUUGCGAGGUUCCAGGGAGCACUUAUCGAGCUCGAUCCCGUCGAGAGGGCGCUCAACAGCUGGAUUGAAGGUCUGCGACGCGAUGAGCUCAACGAGAAGCAGUGUGUCGCGGAACUCCAGCGCACCAUGGCACUCAUGUCGCAUCUCGGCGAGAUCCAUCUCAAGAGCGAUCUGGAGGGCUUCGCCAGCGACCUUCAUAUGAGGGUGUUGCUGAUGCAGACCUACAUGGAGUCUGCGGCUUCGGCUGUCACGCUGAUCAGGCUUGCUGUCCAGAAGAAACUGCCAGUCAAUCCUGAAGACGAGGAGACGGCGGCCAACUUCAACAAGAAGGCAGAUGCGCUGGUCUCCCAGUCACGCAGUGUCAAAGUGGUCGCCGGCAAAAUUCUACGCGCUCUGGAUGAUUUUAGACAGAGAAACCUCUCCAUCACGACGGACAAGAGGAGUGAGUUCAAGGCAUGUGAAGAGGCGACACAGAAGUUGGCUGUUUACACUAGAGCCGUGGGAGAGAAUGUGUAUGCACUUCUGUUCAACGACGGCGCAGACGACAACUCCUCGCGAAAGGAACCUACAUGGGCGGAUCUACAGAACACCAUGCUUACGACCACCGAGAAAGUACUCAGUAUGAGCGAGAGCGACAUGUUCGGAUCCGUGAUGAAGGACCUGAAGAACCUUACCAACAGCCUGACGGAGCUGGCCGGCGUAGCAUCCGAUAUCGACAUGACCGCUGAGUUCGAGAAAGCGCCCGCACCAUGGGUUAUCCGGGCGCAGGAAUUGAAGUCCACAAAGGUGGUCAACGUCGACGUCGAAGACAAGCUUCGCAGACUCAAGGACGACCUUCUCGAGCGCGCAACACAGAUUCGCAUCCGAGACAAGACCCUCGAGGAGUACGCGGUCAAGAUCGAGCUUCUCGAAUCCCGCAUGCGCAACGUCACCAAGCAGUCGGAACGCAUCGAAGAACUGGAGAGGCAAGUCACUGAGGGAACCGGAAGAGAAAAGGAAUUUUCCGAGGCUAUCGAGAAUCUCAACGAGGACCUCCAAAGUUUGGAAGCAGAUGCACUCAAGUGGAAGAAGGCCGCCGAGGACAAACGCGCUGUGGGCGAGACCGACCGCGCGGGCCAGGAACGUGCCGUCGCCACCGCCCGCGAGGUCGGCGGUCUCAAGAAGGAGAUCGCGGCGCUCAAGGGUGCCGUUGGCUUCUUCAGGAAAGAGAACGCGCGGAUCCGGCGGGUGGACCUGGUUGACGCUGACUCGUGGCUUCUCAAGCCGCUGGUGGACCCGAAGCAGAAGAAGAUGGCCGAGUAUGAAGCCGAGCUGGCGAAGGAGAGCCGUGACGUCAUGACCGAGCUAUGCAAUCUAGUCCUGGAGGAGCGGGUCGUCGAUCUCAACAAGCUAUGUCCCAACGAUACCGAGCGCAUGAAGUGGAAGCCUGUCAAGGAAACUCCCCGCUGGACAUGCGCCCGCCAGCGAGAACGCUACGCCGCCGUCAAAGCAUGGAAGCAGGAUCUGCUCGGCAGAGUCGAGCGACACCUCGAAGUGCCAAAAGCUAAACGGAGAGGCGGUGACGCCGGUGAAGUCAGGCUACCGCGUGCUAGCAUCAAGAUGGUCGGGCUACCGCCGUGGGGGGUUAUGGGCAAGGAAUCGCUGGGGUCGGAAGAGGUGGUCAUCAGGGAGUCGGAAGGGUGGGAGGAAUUGCAAGUAAGGCUCGGAGUUGUCGAGGCCUGAUCCAGUGUUUAUAAUUGGCGUUGUUUUCUUCUUCGUUCUCUCUUCUUCUCUGUGAGCGGAUGUAUCUUUCCGUCUGUCUGGUGAUGUAGCAGUCUUAUUCCUCACUGAUGCAUGUUGUUGUUGGUGAUACCUUUUUCUUCUGCUGUUUAGAUCUUGAUAAUGAAUGCGCGGGGAUCUGUUUAUCUUGCGCGACACAAGUGAUCAUGAGGUUCCUGUAGAGACCGUACCGGCGAUCGAAGAUCUCCAGGCUUCAGGUGAGACACUCCAAGACUUCUCGAGACACUCCAAGACUUCUCGAGACACUCCAAGACUUCUUGAG